AGCUGUCCCGUUUGUCUCCUGUACACAUCUAGGAGAAAGAUGGAGAGUUUUGAAGAAAGUAAUGCAAGUAAAGAUAACAUGUUAGAACUUCCAAGUAUAAAUGAUUCUACUACAGAUGAGGAGGACUUAAAAACUACAAUCAAACCUCGUCUAUCUCCACUUCCCAGAAGACGUAACUCUGUGUCUUCUGACGAUGGAGACCUGGAGCCACCACCUACAGUUGCAAGGAAAGUGUCCUUUGCAGAUGCAUUUGGAUUCGAUCUGGUAUCGGUUAAAGAGUUUGACACAUGGGAAAUUCCAACUGUAAUUCCAAAUCUUGUGAUGGAAAGCGUUAAAAUUGAGGAAUUUUAUUUCACUCCAAGCUUUAUAUUACCCUCGGUUGGUGGCAUUAUGGAAAGGCUGCAUGCAAAAAAAGUCACCCUGGAAUCAGUGGAUUUUAUACCAGGCACAACAUGCAUGAAGGGAAUUAUUCGAGUUCUGAAUUUUUGCUUUGAAAAACAAGUCUACGUCAGAAUGUCUCUUGAUAACUGGAAAAGCUUUUAUGACCUACUGGCAGAAUAUGUACCUGAUUCUUAUAAUGGGGAGACAGAUCAAUUUUUCUUUACAAUAUCAUUGGUCAGCCCAUAUCAAAAAGAGGGAGCAAGAGUGGAUUUCUGUAUAUGUUAUGAAACACCAGUUGGUGCCUUUUGGGAUAACAAUGAUGGACAUAAUUAUGUGCUAACAUGCCACAAGAAGGAAGAAAAUGUAGAAAUUGAUAAGCAGUCAAAUGAGGUAAUAGACAAAAAUAAGAAAAGCUGUUUAAAGCCAUCACUAAGCAAAGAUGAAGAUUCUGACGUAUUUGAGGAAGAGAAACCUGCAUCAAUGGAGAAAUAUAUUCCCAGAAUAACUUGUUCACAUGAUGAUUUUCCUGAAGACAACAAUGAUGAAGAAACAGAAGAUAAAAGUAAAGAAAAGAACAAUGAGGAUGAAAGCGAUGUGCAAUUGUUUUUAAGUCAGCGGCUCAUGAAUGCCAGAAUCACUUCUUCUGAAGAAAAUUACAGCUCUGGGUUUUCUGAAAAAGCUAUUUCCCCAAAUGAGCAACAACUUGAAGGACUUAAAUAUCUGAAGAAUACUUAUUCUGGUAUAUCAGCCUAUAAUAAACAACAGGAAGAAGAAUGUGAUGAUAUUGGUGAAUAUCUUCCUGGGACUGAGGUCAUCCCAUCUAAGGAAACAAAAGACUUUAUCUCUUUAUUAAGCAGUGAUCAUAAUUCUGGACUUUACGAGUCCAGAAAAGAGCUCACAAAAACACAGGAAUGUUUGGAUGGAAUUGAAGAAACUAAUUUAUAUUUUCAUGGCUCAGAAUUAAAAGGACAAGAAAUAAUAUCACCAGUGAUUAUAGAUGAGGUAAAACAAGAAGAACCAUGUCAGUGGUCAUCAACUGAAGAGCAAAAUGAAGACUCCUUAAGUGACAGCUGUCUCCAAAUAUCAGAAAGUCCAUGUAUUCUACAAGCUGAAACCACACAGUUCACUGAGAUAGCAGAAGUUUUGGAUGAUAAUGCCAAUCCAAAUUAUAGCCAGAGCAUAGUUAUGUUGCCAUACUUUUUAACACAAAACACAAAGGGAAUAAAAGAUGAGCAAAGUUUGAAAAGUAGAAGUGAAACAAUUGAAAAUGACACACUCCUGCCAGCAACAACAGAACAUACAGGGCAAGAACAUCUCAUGUUAUUUUCACAGCAGGAAGACUUUCAGAGUAUUUCAUAUGAAUGUAAAUCUUCUGGUAAUGUCCUUGAAAAGGAAAAUACAGAACCAAAUGAAAAGGUUUGUAGCUUUACAUCUUCAAGUGAUGUUUACCUGUUCAGAGAGGGCCAAGUGAGGAACAUAAGAGAUAAUGAAGCAAUGGAAAGUACAAAUCUUUCUCCUUCCCUAUGCAAAGAUAUAAAGCAUGAAGAUGAUGUCACCAAGCUAUCAAAUGACAAACAAUACAUUUCUGCUGGGAAAGAAAAAGAACUCUCUGACAUUACACCUGCUUCCUCAUCCAAACAAUACUAUGUUACGGACCACGAUAGUCACAGUGAUCAAGUACAACAGAAAAUACAAGCUACUGAGAAAAAUGUGGUAUCAGAAACAGGAGAUCUCAUAGACAGAGCUGUACAUGCAGUGUAUGAUUUAGAAAAAGAAUCACCAAUGCUCGACUGCUCACCAUCAUUCACUGCAACUGAAAAUGUGACCCAGAGCACGUUUCAUGAAUGGCAUGCAAUGGGAAGUCUUCCAAGGGAGCAGACACAGGGAAACAAGGUCAUCAUUGCUAAGAUAACAGUAGAAAAAGGUCAAAGUCAAACAAGUUCUCAAGAUAGACCAGGUAGCAAAGGCUCCUAUAUGGAUAUUGGUGAUACUGAGAAUGUAAGAGCACAGCAAGAGAUUGAUGAGAAGUCAGCGCAAAAAGUCACAUUUGUGUCAGGGAAGAACAUAGAGCUCAUCUAUGAAAACAUUGUAUCUAAUAAUAAAGUAUCACAUUUAUCUACAGAACAUGUACAUUAUGGGGGUGCUGCAGAUAUUUCCAGAGAGCAGUAUGAAUCACAACAGUAUGAUACCAGGUUGACUCACAUAGAUGAAGAAAAUCUUGUAGAACAUGAUGUUCCAGUUACCCAAUCCAGUAAUGGUUUUACAGCAUUGGGGCAGGAUCUAGAAGUAGGAUCCAAUCAUGAUAUAGCAGCUGAAAAGGAGACUUUAGAUUUCACAGAUGCUUCACACGUGAUUAUAACAGGGGACACAGAAAACAUAGAUAAUGCACAUGCUAAUGUGCAGGAGGGAUAUGUGGGGCCAUCUAUUCUUAUCAGUGAACCUGAUGAUGAAAGGGAUGAUCAAUGCUUGGAAGUAGAAGAUGGUAAGCUUGAGGAUACACAGAAUUAUCACCAUGAUGACACAGCAUGUCCUGACCAGCAAAUUCAGACUGGCACAAUGGCCACAGGGCCUAUGACUAUGAGUCAAGUAAGCUCUAAGGUCUUCUGUUUUAUAAUGUUUGUGGUGUUUGCUGGCCUCAUGUAUCAUUUUGAUUUCCUGGUAUGUUUUGCACUCUACCUUUUCUCAUUAUACUGGCUAUACUGGGAAGGAGGCAGAAAUAAAAAUCCAGUUAGAAAGGAGUAGCAUUGUUGCUCUGGAAUUUAAUUAACUGAGGAACAUCAAGUCAGGUGAUAAGUGGACAUUAGUGGAAUAACAUACUUAUCACCAGCUUUCUUAAUUGAUUGUUAUUUGAGAUAGGACCACAUGAGAGUGAUAUCAGAAGUUGCAAAGUAUUUACAUCUGCAAAAAUCUGGGACAUUUAUUAUCAAAUAUUUGCAUUAUGUGUAAAGUGAAUCUCAACCUGGUCUGCAUGCCACACUUCCAAAGUGUACUUAUUUCUGACAUAUAGUUCAUAAAGUAAAGAGGUGUUGGUCAUAGCAACCAAUCAGAUAACAGCUAAAAUUUCACUUUAUAAAGAAUCCUUGCUGUUACAAAAAGUACAUAUAAAAAUGAAAAGGAUGCCAUGUUCCUGGAUCUCAUGAUCAUGUUGUUAAUUUAAGCAGACCUAUUCCAAACACAAGAUGACAUUCAAGUUCAAGUUAAAGUUCUGAGAACCCCAUCUUCACUUUUCAUUUUAACUACUUUUUUAAAGGGAACCUGUCAUCAACUUUAUGCUGACCUCACUGAGGACAGCAUACAAUAGUGACAGAAAUCCUGAUUUCAGCGAUGUGUCACUCAUGAGCUAAAAGUAAGUGGUUGCUGAG